AGUGAAUGUUUUUUUUUUCUCCCCUUCCUGCUGUAGCAUCUCCCCAAAGUCUUUGUAAAAUGUCAGUGUGUUAUGUAAAAUCUGCAGCUUUCUAAUGGUGCUUUUGGGCUUACUGUGACCUUUUGAAAUUGUUACAACCCCCAUCCCCAUAAUCCCCCAACUUUCCUUCCUUAAUUGCACAUGGGAAUAGCAAUCAAAUUUAUUGUUAUCCAGGUGCCAUUUCCUUUACUUAGCUUUAUAGUGUUGUGUAUAGUAGUUAGCAUGCAGAAAGCUGGAAAGAUGCCUGCAACUCCAAAAUGAACUCUCUGUAGCCGUCUCCCUCCCACUUACACUCUCCUUUAGUACCGCCCUUUCCAUGCGCCCUUUAGCCAGCAGCAAGACAGCUGUGUUUGAUCAUAAACCACUUAAACUCCAGGCUUACUGGCAGGGAAAACUUUAGCGUGAAGUGCAGCAUUGGUUCAUCUCAAAUAGAGGAGCUUUUCUCUCUUUUUCUUUCUCCCUCAUUGAAGACUGUAGCAGCACUUUCUUUUUAAUUUCUCCGUGAACUUGUAUGAAGCUCAUCAAAUUUUUCUGAGUACGUUAGUGGCAUUGGGAAAUGCUCUUAAACAGAGCUGUGGAAAAGAGCAGCACAGAACAAACAGCAGAGAUGAAGCACACCUUGGAGAUGGACUAAGACAGCCUUGGGAUCCUGGCAAGCAGUUCCUUCCCUGGAUUAUCUGAGCACUUCACAAUAUUAGCAAGUCUCUUGCAGCAAUGGAUUGUCUGUGAAGUCAAAAUCAAUUUGGCUCUUUUAGUAGAUUUUGCAUUGUUAAUUUAAACUGUCAGUGUGGAGUAUAAAUGGCUGUCUAGAGCAAAAUGUGUCAGACAUAAAAUUUUGGAAAAGAAAGUAUUGAAUCAGUUGAACAAAGCUUUGAAGCAUUAAAAGCUGCAGAAGUCAUCAAGCCCUGAGAAGUCUAAUCAUGAAUUCUGGAGUUGCUAUGAAAUAUGGAAAUGACUCCCCUGCAAAGCUGAGUGAGGCUGCGGUUGCAGACUAUGUGUUCAGACUAAGUUGAAAUGAUCUUCAUUUUGUCCUAAGCGUGGUCUCCUCACCACCCCAUUUCUGUCUCCUGCAUUACUGUUUGCUCUCUCACUGGGAGUGGAAGUGGCAACAGUUUCCUUCUGUGGAGACCAAAACCAAGGUUGAGCAUUCAUGCAUGGUGCAAAGCCAGCUUCAUUUAGCAUCCCUGGCUUCAUUAAAGGGAGACAUAGUGGAGCUUAAUAAACGUCUACAACAAACAGAAGGGGAGCGUGACCUAUUGGAAAAGAAAUUGGCAAAAGCACAGUGUGAACAAUCCCAUCUAAUGAGAGAGCACGAAGACUUGCAGGAGCAAACGACACUACGCUACGAGGAAAGGAUCACAGAGUUGCACAGUAUCAUUGCUGAAUUAAAUAAGAAAAUUGAUCGACUACAGGGAGCAACGAUAAGGUACAGCAACUUCCUGGAAACUGUAGGCCAAUGCAAGAAUGGUGCAAAACAUGGUGUGAAUUCUACUCCAAAUACAAUUUGGUGAUGACUUUUAGGUAGUUAGGCUUGUUAUGACUGGUACUGAGUAUCUGCGCAUAAUUAUGGUAUGUGUUCUCCAGAGUAUCACUUUGAGAGUACAUACUGUCUGGCAAAAUCAUACUUGUCAAAGCCUAAUGAUCACUGCAAAGAACUGCUCUGUGCUGUAUAAAUAUUUUUUAUCAUAGCAUACAUGCCAGGGUACCAGAUACAUGAUAGCAGUGGUGGAUAAAGGAAUAUGUAGCCACCCGGCUUGCACCUCUACUUUAACUUUAUUUUGUGGCAUGCUAUAGAUCACCUGGUUUUAACAUGUAAUGAAAAAUACGGCUCAAAUGGUUUUCAGUAGGUUUUGCAUCUACUUGUACUGUUAUUUCUGACAAAACAAAAUGGUACAAAUCAUGCUGUUGCUUGUCUUUGGAGCAGCAAAACUUGGGGUAUUACACUAUGUCAUUACUUGUUACUGUGUUAAAAUAAAUUUCACGUUUGACUGCAGGAAAACACUUGUCCUCACUUGCUUUUACGCGUUGCUCUCACAUAGAGAAAGUUGGACUAGAAUGAAGAAGGAGCUUUAAGCAGUAAAACUACUAGACUCCAUGGAUUUUCUAGAUAAAUCAAGUCAGAUGUGACUCUUGUGUAGGUAAUAUGGAUGUGGUGCUCUAACCAAGUGGCAAAUUUUCAGUUUUCCAUGCUUAUUAGCUGCAAGGAUUUUUAUAACUGCUUCAUUUGCUCUUCCCUGUAAACAUUUCUACUAGCACAAGGCAGUGUUGUUAUAACUACUUGCUUAGCCUUCCGUGAAAAUAUUUAUAUAAAAAAAAAAAAGGUUUGUCACGUAUAUAUACCACUAUAAAAGCAGGAAUAGAAUCACAUUAUGUUAAUUAAGAAGAUAAAUACUGCCACCUCUGAGAUGAUCGUAACUAGUGAUGGUCAUGGUGAGAUUUUUCAGGGAGGUAUUUUCUAAACCAGUAGUACUUCUCUGAAAAAAAUCCCUGUAACUCCCUUAUAUGUUCAUGCUUAAUACCUCCACAGACAAACUUGUCUUUUGUCUUGUUCUGAAUCACCUUUCUUUUGCAUGAUACUGGUUGGCCAUCCUGCCCUCCUCUCUGGUAAAGCUCCGCCAAUUGAAAAGUCUAGUUGAAAGGCAAAAUCACAGAAGCUGCAUGGAUUUUCUUAUUU